AUGUCGGGGAACGAUGAAGCUGCGGAGACAAGUAAAAUAGAGGUGUGGUGGGACAUGAAGGACUGUCCGAUUCCGGAGGCGUAUGAUGCUUGUCGGGUCCGUCCAAGUAUAGAAAGGGCUUUCAGAAAACGAGGCUACACUGGUCCUGUCUCCAUCACUGCCUAUGGCGACCAAAAACAAACUCCUUGCCACGUCCUGGGAGGGCUGUCUUCCACUGGAGUCGCUAUUGCACAUACCAGCUCCGAUAGCACGCGCUCAGUCAUGUAUCGGGAUAUGGUGGAAUGGCGAGCUCAAAAUCCUCCUCCGGCUAACACUAUGAUCAUAUCCGAUCAGGUGGAAGGUGACUUAUGCUGGGAUCUGGCCCGUCUACAACAGCGCACUAGAUACCACCUUUUUCUGGCUUAUUCAAGUAAGCGUUGUACGGGUUUAUUCUUGCACUAUGAAGGAAAUUGGCGCUGGGAACAAUUACUAGAAAAAGAAGAAGAAGGAGGCACACCACCACCACGACCACUUGUAGCGGGUGGAUUAUCAUCUGAUGCCAUGUUUUAUUGCAAAUCGUGCAAUUUCAAUUGCCAAAAUCUGGAUAAAUUCAGGAACCAUCUCUCGAGUUAUAAUCAUGGACUGGAAGAGGCUAUAAGCCCUCUGGAUACACGACUCAAUUGUGUAACUAAGACUUGGGCAAGGAACUACCCGGCCACGCCUGAACACGCCACAGCUGAAAUACUGGUGUUGUGGGACAUGCUUGACUGCCCGAUUCCUGAGGGGUAUGAUGCUCGCCGGGUCCGUCCAAGUUUAGAAAAGGCGUUCAAGAAACUAGGCUACUCUGGUCCUGUCUCCAUCACUGCCUUUGCCGACCAAAAAGAAACCCCUGAUCACCUUCUUCUAGCGCUCUCUUCCACUGGAGUCGAUUUUGCACAUAUCCUUCCCUCGGUCCAUUACAGUCGCAUGAUUACAGAAUUUGAGGAAUGGGCAGAAGAUAAUCCUGCUCCGGCUACAAUUAUGAUCAUAUCGGAUGAACUGGCUUCGAAGAACUCUCAUUCAUCACUUGUUUGCACUCAACUACAACGGAGCCUUUCGAAAUGCCAGUCCUGCUUACUUCUGCAGAGUGGCUCUGGGAAAGCUUACUUGCAGUUUCAAAGACAAAAAGACAAAUUCUUCAGAAGUGCAGUGGAAGUGAAACAAUUGUUGAAUCUACCGGUAGGAUAUCCUCCCAAGACCAAGCGUAUGAGGGAGGAUAGCACCCCGGAAGGGUUUUCUCCCUAG